AGAAAUCGGAAAGUAGCAGUCAAAGCUGACUUCCUUUUUGGGGGGGCAGAGAGACCAGCUACUUUCCACGAGAGGCUAUUUAGCUCCAUGGGUCAGUUUCGCAUAGCGUCAUUUAAACGUGCAAUUUAGCGCGCCAUCCUUCGGAAGUAUUUUCCGGGCAGUGUAGAGAGAGAAAGGGGAGGAAAAGGAAGAGGGGUGGGGGAAAUAAAAUCCUGGAAAGUGCAGAAGUAAGCUUUCUGAAGCACCACUACAUACAAACCGCAAAGUGAAUCUAGGGACGGUUUUUUUCUUCCAGAGGCUAGCUACAUGGUUUAACUGUUUAUUUUUUGUGGAAAAUCCAAAGACAGAUAGUACACCGGGAUACGAUGACUGAAAAAGAAUCGGCCACAGACCACGUAACUGCAGAUGUGGUCACUCCAUCUCCUGCGAAGAGCUUGGGGGAUCCUGGCAUCACACCUCUGUCUCCUUCGCACUCUAUGAAGGACCCUGACCAGAAUGUGCAGACGGGACCCACGUUCGCCGUGGUGGUGGCCAUCGACUUCGGCACCACGUCCAGCGGCUACGCCUACAGCUUCACCAAGGAGCCCGAGUGCAUCCACACCAUGAGGCGCUGGGAAGGAGGGGAUCCGGGGGUGUCCAAUCAGAAGACGCCCACCACCAUCCUGCUGACCCCCGACAGGAAGUUCCACAGUUUCGGCUACGCCGCCCGCGACUUCUACCACGACCUGGACCCGACCGAGUCCAAGCACUGGCUCUACCUGGAGAAAUUCAAGAUGAAGCUUCACACCACGGCGAACCUCUCGAUCGACACAGACCUCCACGCAGCCAAUGGGAAGAGGGUGAAGGCCCUGGACAUAUUCGCCUACGCCCUGGGGUUCUUCAAGGACCAGGCGCUGAAGGAACUGAGCGACCAGUCCGGCGCCGAGUUCGACAACGCGGACGUGAGAUGGGUGAUCACGGUGCCCGCCAUCUGGAAACAGCCCGCCAAGCAGUUCAUGAGGGAGGCGGCGUAUAAGUCGUCCCUGGUUCCCCGCGACAACCCCGAGCAACUGAUCAUCGCUCUCGAACCCGAGGCUGCCUCUAUCUACUGCCGCAAGCUCCGCCUCCAUCAGAUGAUUGACCUGGGGUCCAAGACCGCGCUCAACGGCUACAGCCCGACGGACAACGUGGGAGCAGGGAUGACCCAGGCCAAGGAGCUCGUCCGGCGCAACCGACAGAGCCGCACCUUUUUGGUGGAAAAUGUCAUAGGAGAGCUUUGGUCGGAGCUGGAAGAAGGUGACCGGUACGUGGUGGUGGACUGCGGGGGAGGGACGGUGGACCUCACGGUUCAUCAGAUCCGCCUCCCCGAGGGACACCUGAAGGAGCUGUACAAAGCCUCAGGGGGGCCCUACGGCUCGAUCGGGGUGGACUACGAGUUCGAGAAGCUCCUCUGCAAGAUAUUCGGGCCGGACUUCAUCGACCAGUUCAAGAUCAAGCGCCCGGCGGCCUGGGUGGACCUGAUGAUCGCCUUCGAAUCCCGAAAACGAGCCGCCGCCCCGGACAGGACCAACCCCCUGAACAUCAACCUGCCCUUCUCCUUCAUAGACUACUACAAGAAGUUCCGCGGCCACAGCGUGGAGCACGCACUGCGCAAGAGCAAUGUGGACUUUGUGAAAUGGUCGUCCCAGGGCAUGCUGAGGAUGAACCCCGACGCCAUGAACGCCCUCUUCAAGCCCACCAUCGACCACAUCAUCCAGCACCUGGGCGAGCUGUUUGAGAAGCCCGAGGUGUCGAACAUCAAGUUCCUGUUCCUGGUGGGCGGGUUCGCCGAGUCGCCCCUCCUGCAGCAGGCCGUCCAGACCAUGCUGCAGGGCCGCUGCCGCAUCAUCAUCCCGCACGACGUGGGGCUGACCAUCCUGAAGGGGGCGGUGCUGUUCGGCCUGGACCCCGGCGUCAUCAAGGUGCGCCGCUCGCCGCUCACCUACGGCGUGGGCGUGCUCAACCGCUACGUGGAGGGCCGGCACCCGCCCGACAAGAUGCUGGUGAAGGACGGCACGCGCUGGUGCACCGACGUCUUCGACACCUUCAUCUCGGCCGACCAGUCUGUGGCGCUGGGCGAGACGGUGAAGCGCAGCUACACGCCCGCCCGGCCCGCGCAGCAGGUGAUCGUCAUCAACGUCUACUGCUCGGAGCGCGAGCAGGUGGGCUUCAUCAGCGACCCGGGCGUGCGCAAGUGCGGCACGCUGCGGCUGGACGUGAGCGGCACGGAGAGCCCCGCGCCCCGCCGCGAGAUCCAGACGCUCAUGCAGUUCGGGGACACCGAGAUCCGCGCCAUGGCCGUCGACGUGGCCACGUCCCGCAGCGUCAAGGCCGGCAUCGACUUCCUGGGCCAGUAGAUCCGAGUCGACUGACCCGGCCGGCGGGCGUAGCCGCCCCCGCCCGCCGGCUGCGCUGCGCUGUUGCUGCAAAACAUCAACAAAAAAAAAACAAAAAAAAGAAUCGAUUAAAACAAAAAACAAAAAAAAAAAUCCGAUAGCGUCAUUAUAACCUUAAAGAGCAAUGUGGAAAGUGCGUUGCGCGCUAGCUGUGGUUUGUAGUGAGUCCAGGCCAGGCCCCACUCCUCUCCUACAGCCCAAGGUCUUCCAGCACCCCCCCACCGCCCCCACCCCCCCCACCCCCUCCCCCAAACCCACCCACCCACCAGACUGUAAUGUCCUCUUCAACCCUGGUUUCUUGAUGGCCCUCUCCUCUAGCAAGCGUUCAUAGACAAGCGUAUGAAGACGUAGAAGUUUUUACACUUCUCAUUAGGAUGGUUUCUGCAGGUUUAGCAAGAUUCUGCAUAACUUUUAGGAAACCAUCUUUAACCACACUCAGAUUUGUGGUUCCCUUGAAGCUUAUCCCGUAUACAGUAUCAGAUUCUGGUAUUAUUAAAGAUGAGUUUUAUGGAUGGGGCUCUCUAGAAUCAGGCUUGGAAAUGACUAUCGAAAUGUAAGGAAGAAAGAUAGGGAGUCUGUUUCUCCAGUAAACUCCUAACAGGUUCAACCUGAUAGGUUGUGAUUGAUAGAACACUGCAGGGUGGCUUUCAAACCUAGAACUCAUACCUUCCCCCCCAUUAUAAACGCAAAAUGUAUGCAAUUCCAACAUACAUUAUGUGCAUUCAUACAACAUAGGUGUGCUUUGACAGAAGAAUAUGAGAAGUGUUUCACUGACCAGAAGUCUUUGUGGCUCGUCCCAGUUAAAUGCUGAAUAUCUUUAUCAUGGAAUUUCCCGUGCAUUGCCUUUAAGUGAGCUUCGUGUGUUGCUCAAUGGCCAUGAUGAAUAUUUUAUUCCAUUUUUAAUUUUUUUGGAGCGUAAAGGGCAGUUUUAGACAUUGACUCCAUGUUAUCGUAAUAGUUAAAUGUCACGAAAGAAAGUCAACUUAACUUUGUCCACCUUGGCGUUAUUUUAUUUGUAGUUUUUAUUUUUAUUUUAAAUUGAUAAGGUGAAACUCAAAGAUGACACAAUCAUGCCCUAGACAACACUUAUCCAGGAUGGUUAUAGGCUAAUGAAUGUUACAAGCCAUUCACUACAAAUCUUUGUGAUGUCAUCUAAAGGACUGACGUUGCUUUGGAGGACAGGCUUGGUCGAUGGGCCCUUGUUUUCAUCCCACAAACUUCCUGUAAAAUCCACCUCACUGGUCUGCGUUAUUGUGCUGAAAAAAAUAACUAUGAACCCUAGAAUGUGAAAUAUAAAUGCAAAUGGCUAGGUAGAAAAAUGCUGCUAGCUGCACUUUGCAAAACAACUUUAACAUAGCCAUAGCAAUAUGCUUGUUGCCUUUUUAUGUGUUAUUCCCACCAUGCAAAGGGGGGAAGAAGCCACUUGUUAAUGUGCUUUUUAUGUUGAUUUCCGGACAUCGCCUCUGAAGAAAGCCCUUUGGGGAUAUGAGAAAGUGAUUAAGGGAACAAAUUGUUUAUUUCUGUAAAUACAGUAUUUAAAAACGUUGUACAGAUUUUUUUUUAGCCGUUUUUGGAUUCGCAGCUUUAGGAGAGGGAGAGUGUGCUUGCUUGUUUUGGAUACGUUGGUUUCAUUAUACUCAUCAGUCUAAAAUGUGGGGGAAAGGCUAAGCUGAAAAACUGAAGGAUGGGAUUGGUUGAAAAAAAAAAGUUAGUAGGCUCGUAUGUUACCUUGUUCAUCGAUAUCGAAAAAAACAUAUGACACCUGAGCCCUCAACGUAAAAUGACAUUUAUCUUCAGAAUAGAGAAAGAUGUUGGAAGUCUCAGAUUCAUUUGGGUGUGUGUGUGUGUGUGUGUGUGUGUGUGUGUGUGCGAAUGGUCUACAUGUUUUGGCCUUAAGUGCUUCAGGAUUAUAUACAGUGUGACUGUAAGGAAUAGUGAGAACGGGUUGCCAGGUUUUAGCAGUUCCAAAGAUUCAUAAGAUCUGCUGUUAAAAAUCCCCCUCGCGAUUAAACGUGAGACCUCCUCGCUUUCCCUGUCUGAUUCCCUGUCUGACAUACUCCCUUAUUGAUGUCACAUGCUAACAUAUACAUGUUAAUCCCUAGUGUGUUGUAUUAUUGCUUAAAUGUAUAAAGUAAUCACUUGUUUAUUUCUGUAGUUUUUAAUCGCGAUUGUAUUGUGCCUGAAACAUACUCCCACUUUAUGCAUAGACCUUAUCGUAUCUGUAAAACCUUGCACAGUAUUCACAGAUUUGCUCAUUCACGGAAAUACUGCACUGUUACCCCAGUGGUUGGUACGGGUCUCCUGUAUUUCUACAACCCUAUAAAAUCCAUCUUAUUAUUGUUAUUAUUCUAUAGUUAUUGCGCACUACUCAAUAUAAUUAUUCCUCUGAUUAAUUCUUAGCAGUAAUCCUCCAGCUCUUUUCAGUGUUGCUCUUGUCUUUAUCUCAUGCUAUUAUAUGAAGCCACCACUGAUUCAGUUUAGGUGGUUUGGCCACAGCGAUGUCUUCAGAAAAAAUUACCUUUAAAAGGGAAGGGUCGCAAGUAAAUGCACCACAUUGGUAUUCAGAAAGGAAAUAGAUUAAUUAUAGUAAAGAUAUUGAGUUCAUUGUUGAUCUGUCUCAUUUCCACCAUACCAACACAAAUAAUCAGUUUUUGUUUUUCUGUAAAACGAACCUUUUAAUACUUUUAGAGCUUGACAGUUUCUGCCAAAAGAAAAAAAAAAAAAACGGAAUUUUUGAUGCUCCCCAGGACACGUGUGAAGUGCCACAGAUUUCUUAUGCCAUUGUAACGCAUGCAUGGACAUAUAAAGCACGUUUGUAUGCAUCUAUUUUAAGUUUUUUUUGCUAAAAUAGUUUCAGAUAUCUAUUGCCUGGUAUUUCCCAAAUAGGAUGAAAUUUAAUAAUGUGUAAAAUAUCUUUUCAGAAGCUGUAGUCAACAGGUACAUUUCUCACCUCAGCUUUUGACCAUGUUUACUUUUUACAUCUCUUAAAGAUGCUGUUUCUUUGGAUCCUGGCCAUGCUGCCCAGUCACGCUUGUUGGAUACAUUCCCACACAAUUAAUAAUUAGGUCCAAAUUUAGAACAGUUAUUGGUUAUUGGACAUUGGUUAAAAAAAAUCAUUUACGGAUGUCAUCAACAGCCGUAUAGUAGAGAUGCACAAACUUCAAACUUCAUAACUGCCAGGUUCUUUUCAAAUAUGAUCCGGAAUUCUUUGUCGGUUGGGGAAGGUUCACGCUCGCUCACGCCCCCUUCAGGAAGCAUACGGGCAACUGCCACUUCUCUGCGUUCCUGCAGCUGAGCAGCACAUCCUUACAGAAACGAAAUAUUCCGCAUGAUACAGAAACGAAAUAUUCCACAUGAUAAUAUAACUACGUGGAUAUUUCGGAAAGUAAAUAUAUUCGCAGCGAUGUAUUUUGGAAAAAUAUAUUUUGAUAUCUGAAAACAGCAAAAAUAUAUUUUCCCACAUAUUUUGCAAUAUAUUUUUGCUCUUGACGAUAUUUCAUUUUCAAAAUAUUCUAGCAUAUUCCGUUUCUGUGAGGGCAUUCAUUGUGGCAGAGCACUCAAGCACCUAUGCAGCUGAAUGGUGAGGCAGGGGUGACCUAGCCUGGUGAAACCUUCCCUCCCUGAACAACGCUGUGGCCAAUCACGUGUUUUCUACGGGCCACCUGGCCAGAGUUCGCUGAGAGUAUAAAAGAGCAGGAUUUCACCGGGACAUCGCACUCUGCAGCCCCCAUGCAUUACAUGCUAAUUUGUGUGUUUGGCAUCCAUGCCCAGUAUAACUUUAUCCCUUAUACACAUUCAUUUUUUGUUGUUUUGUCUAAUGUAUGCGGACAGUAGCCUAUAUCUGCACAUAUAUUAUUUGCAUAUAUUGCCCGCUGUGGUUCUCAUCUCGUCUGUUGCUUUGUUGUGCAAUGGCAUAAGAAUGCUUGAUGGCCGUGCUUCUAUGGGGAUAUAUCCAUUGUGUAAGCUAAAAAAAAUGUAACUGUUUUAAUAUAAUCAUGCUUUUAUCUAAUGAGUGCCUAAUGUUAGUGGGACUAGUAGCUUGCUAGCUAUGUCUGAUGCUUACAUUUAUGAACAGACUGAUGGAAAGCUUUGAUGAUGGAAAGGCAUUUUUCUAACCCAAAAAAUACAUUUUGGAGAAUAGAGCAUUUGGCAUGCCUCUUGACCAAUGUUUCAUUUGAAGGCCUUUUUAAUGACAUUUUCAGGGACGUUUAAAACGUUAUGAAAACCCUCAGUGCAACAAAUUUAUUUUAAUUUAAAAUGUUCAUUAUGCCACAAGAUAAAACAUUAUUCUUUUUUACAUAAUGAAAUGGGCUUAUUAUCAUAAUGCUUCUUUUCUUUAGUCAUAUUAUAACUAUUAAGAUUGAUUGCAGAGGGUCUUUAAUUAGGUUUGAAAUGUCUUGGAUGAGUACUGCAUGAAGCUAAUGCCAGUGUGUUGCUUUCUGGUAAUCAAAGUGCAUGCUUUCUUGCACAAGUUUACCUUCCCUCAAAAAGGGCAUCAAAUGUCUUUGAAAACCUGCACAGGUAACUGUAGUAACUUAAACCACCCCCUAUCAAUCUGAGACACCUUUUCAAGAUUAUUGCCUACGGUUUAUUCCAGAGAAGCCCAUUUGAUACAUGAGCGAUCGUAUGCCUUUGAACUACCAACACACCCCUACACCCCCCAAGCCCCCCCCCCCCCUUCCCCCCCACAAACACACACACACACACACACACUGUGAGAACUUGCAGAGGCAAUGUUGUGAUUUGCAUGUAAUAUUUGAGAAUCAGUGGUACAAACACACUUAAGCCAUUGAGUAUACUUGAGGCAUCCUGAUUUGCACUCGACCGAAUAUGGCUACGGAGAGAAUCCUGGAACCUAUCUCUUAUUAAGUAGAGUGUGCACGUGCAGUAGCUAAAAAUAUAAUUGCAGUUUUAGUACAGAUAUCAUGUUUGCACGUACAUGAAAGGCUGAGCACACCUGCACUCAGAUAUCACGAUGCGUUCAUGCCGUGCUUUCAUGUAAGUGUUCCAGAAACAAUUUUUCCAAGAUCUUCAAAAUGCGGAAAUAAAAAAAAAAAUCGUUUGUCGUUUUGCGGUCACGCGGUUUGUGCAGCUGCCCGUCCAAUCAGAACUUAGUCCGUCCGAGCGGUCGUGCUGUUGGGCUGGUAUCGCUGGAAAGGGAUGCAGGCGGUCAACGGUCUGCAACAGCCUUCUAAACAUGGCAACCAGGAGUGAUGGCAAGGAUUUUCACAGUGGAUGAAUUGCUGGAAUGUUCGCCUGCUUUUUCAUUGCAAAUUGUCCAAAAAAAUAAAAAUAAUAAUAACUUUAUUAUUAUUGUUCAUCAAAUAAUAUUUGAAGUACGAGACAAUAUUUAUCCAAUUCAUUGUGAACAAAAAAAAUGAUGCCUUGUCAUUGAAUGUUGGAAACCAGCUGUUAUAAGCUUUGAACUCAAUUAGCCUCAAAUGGACUCUGCUGUGUAUCGAUCAUCCAUACAGCAAUGGCUGACAACCGUUACUUUAGUACAGAAUCUGCUGUUAUGUGCUUUCAUUUCUGCGUUUGGAGUGGAGUUGAAGGAGAGAUACUUUUAUUUUUAUUUUUUAAUUAAAUGGACUGGUAUGUCAGUUUUGCUGGCUUAUUUACUGCCUUUGAAAGUACUUAACUUACCUUGUGACUCUGUAUAGUUGAGGAGUUACAAAUUCUGGAUUCUAUGCUUGUACAAACAGUGAAUUGGCCUUUUGUGUAGAACAAAAAAAUCCACUUUACAGUGUUUCACACCAUCUCAAAUUCUUAAUUUAAAAUCUGAGCCCGUACUUCCAUACCUUUUUUUUUUUUCUGGUUACCUCAGUUUUAAACUGACUGUUCUGGCCAUUUUGCGCACUCGAGCCGUCAUUGUAUUCCUGUGAAUGUCCGUUAUCCACAGCCAAACUGUCAUCAAAUAAAACGUAUGUGUAUUUCAAAGAA